GACGGACGGACGGACGGACGGGGGAGCGGCGGCGGGGAACAGGUGGGGAGGAUGAGCUACCCUGGCGAGGCGUGCGGGGCCCGGCAGGCGCGGGGCAGCGCCGAGGCCGGCCCCCAGCGCUACGGCGUGCGCUCCUACCUCCAUCAGUUCUACGAGGACUGCACGGCUUCCAUUUGGGAGUAUGAGGAUGAUUUUCAGAUCCAGAGAUCGCCUAGCAGGUGGAGCUCUACGUUCUGGAAGGUCGGACUCAUCUCCGGGACGGCUUUUAUGCUGAUAGGUGUGGCAGUGCUGGUGGUGGGUUUCCUCGUGCCGCCCAAGAUCGAAGCGCUGGGGAGGGAUGAUUUCGUGGUGGUGGACGCCCGCGCCGUGCAGUUCAACGGCUCCCUCGACGUCUGCAGGCUGGCGGGGGCUAUCCUCUUCUGCCUCGGGGGUUCCACGGUGGCCGCCUGCCUGCUCAUGUCUGCCUUUGCCAAAAGUUACUCCAAAGAAGAAAAGUACCUCCAGCAAAGAUUCAAGGAGAGAAUCGCCGACAUCAAAGCCCACGCGAGCCCCGUCACGAAAGCGCCGGCGCCGGGAGAGGCCAAGAUACCCGUCACUCUGUCCAGGGUGCACAACGUCCAACCUUUAGCUGAGACCUGACCCUUCCCUUUGGAUUUGCUCUCUCACCUGUAGGUCACCUUAACUGGCAAACACACCAGCUGGUGUGGGCGUGCAGCCAAGCGCUCUGCUCAGCA